AUGAGUAAGCCUGUGCAGCGGAGGAGGAAGCACAAGAACUCGAAGAUGGGGUGUGCCAACUGCAAAAAGCGAAAAGUGAAAUGUCUGGAAGACCUACCUGAAUGUCGCAACUGCGUCAAACACAAAGUGCGGUGUGGAUAUCUCGACUACACCGACGCCCAGAAGGCCGAGCUCAGGAACAGCAAGCUUACCCAGGAGUUUGAACUGUUGACCACCGUCCCCCUGAAUGAAUCAAUCGCCUCGAUGGAUUCGGUGUGGUCACCUGAUUCCCAUAAACCCACCCCCGCAUUCCCAUUGUUACGCAAACGGCUUAGCCACGCUAACGAACAUUUGAGAUACCAGGUACACCACCACAAUAUCAAGCAGAAUUUCGAUAACUUGAUGCCCCUGGCCACUAGUGUGGAUAUGACGUACCCGGUGUACACUAUAGACGAACACGCGAACCAAGAGACUACUCAAAGCCCACCGAUAGAAGCACAGCCCCGAUCAUUCAAACUCCUUAAUGGGGUACAACAAGUGGCCACGUUCAAAGUGCAGAAUAAUCCGUACAGUCGCAAGUUUUAUGUUAACAAAUUUGAUGAGGACGUCGCGGCCUACUCUCGAUCCAUUGCCACAGGCACAAACUCCAUAUUCGAUGUGCGUUACCUAUAUUUCCUGUGGCUUCUGCUGUUCACAAAUCGUGCAUACUCGAGCCAGCUUUACUUUUCAUGUCUCUUGAACUUGACCAUUAAUUACUUGAUUUGUAACCUGUUUACGAGCAGCAUCAAAUACCGCGAAGCUAUUGCCAAUUCUGCACUCGAAAAUAAUCAGCAUUACUUGGACCAGACAAAGACGAAGGACGUUAUUAUCAUGAGACUGAUUGAACACUACGCAAACAUCAUCAAACGACUACGUUUGCUAUUGAACGAGCGCCAACAUCCAGAUUCGGCAGCCCAAGUUUCAUUCGUGUUAUCAGUGAUGUCGGUGUAUGAUCCCGAGGCAACAUUGCAUUCCUUGAAUUGUUUCAGAGAUGGUUUGUUUUCAAUCUUGACUUACCAUUUUAACCGAAGUGCCGCCACCAAAGAAGAACUUUUCUUUAUCCCGCUCCACCUUCAGUUAAUGAAAAACUCAAUGAAACUGGUCUACUUCCCUGCUACACUGAUACUGACGCUCCACGAAUUCCUACACUUUCUCAGGCACUUUGUAUCGCUAGUCGAGCCUUACUUGACUCGUCCCCAGGAAACCACUGACGACGCUAGUCAGGAGGAAAACAAAGAUUGCGGAUAUGCCUUUAUUCAUCUCAAACUUUUGGACUUGCUCGAAUUUGUUACGGAUGUCGUUGAGAUUCACUAUGAUGAGAUUAACGACAACUUAGACGACAUGCAGACCCAACAAGAGACACUAUUCCGAAUGAUGUAUAAAUGGGUGAGAUUUUUCCCCUCCCAAUUGCUUCGGUUGCACAGAGGUCGUCUGCCCCUUUUCACGCUCACAUAUUUAUUUUAUCAGACGGCGAAGAUCAAACUCUUUGCAUUGUUUCCGCAAGUCAAGUUCUUCUUCUUAAGAGACUUUGCACUGCCAAUCAUGCUCGAUGUCUUUAUCAUCCCUCCCAAAGAAUUCCAUGAGGUCUGGAAUCAUCAUCUCGAGUUAACUAGAUUUGAUCUGAUACUGAGUCAAGAGUACUCCACAAACAUUGCACCCCAAAUUAAGUUUACUGCCGCAUACCUCAUUCGAUGCAUCCAAUAUUACCAAGAUCGCCUCAAAUUAUUGUACAAAUUGGUUUUAGAGCUGGCUCUGACCUUCCCCAUUGAAAAUGUUAGGAAGUGGCGGGAUGCCAUCACCGAUGUUGCCGCGCAGCGCCAAUUCUUCAGUGACAACACUGGUCUACGUGAACGCAGCAUUCGGUUCUUCAGCGAAGCACACAUUCGUCAAGAGAACUAUCCUUUGGUGUAUGGCGAGCAAGAGAUUUACAUGUUUGAAGACGACGAUCAGGCACCUGAUCUUCCUGAAGACUUCUUCUUCAACGUUAAUGUUGAUUAUUCUACACUUCAAGCAAACGGGUUAUUACGUGAGGACUGGUCUCCUUUUUAG